CUGGUUUUAAAGUAACGUCAUGUAAUUUUCUGAACUUAUCAGGCUGUUAUAGCUGCUCUGUUUUUUGCCUUUUCUCACUUACUGUUUGUCGAAAAUCUCAGUGUGUAAAUAUUUCGUGGGAUAAAUCACUACAGUAUCGUUGCAAUAUCCAUAUUAAGUGGUCUGGUAAAAAGUAUUGGGAUAUUUGAUUUUCUCUCUAUCGCCCAGCCCUAAAUUAAAGGGGUUCUGUCAAACCCCACAUCUGUAAUGUGAAAUAUCAGCUGUUGAUUUUUUUGUGUUUUUGAAAAAUGAGAAUGAACAUUCAGCAUCCAUGUAUCUCCCAGGUAUCUUAAUGCUAAAAGGGCACAAACGUUGGCAGGACCAAGAUGGCAUCUUACUUUGAUGAACACGACUGUGAGCCCACCAACCCUGAGGAACAGUAUCGCCAGAAUGCACUUCUUGAAUUGGCCAGGUCUUUAAUGCAGGGCUUGGACUUACUUGACUCAGGGGCGUUUGACUUGUCAGACUGGGACCAGCGUCUUCCUCCUCCAGCUGCCAAAACUGCUGUUCAGACCCUUACCGUGGUCAUCAUUUCUCCAGAGCAAGCAGACAAAGGUCUCAAGUGUCCGGUGUGUUUGCUGGAGUUCGAGGAACAAGAGACGGUUCGAGAAAUGCCUUGCAAGCACCUUUUCCACUCAGGAUGUAUACUGCCCUGGCUGGGCAAGACUAACUCCUGUCCACUCUGCCGACUUGAAUUACCGACCGACAAUCCAGAGUAUGAGGAGUUUAAAAAAGACAAGGAGAGAAGAAGACAGAGAGAGCACAGGCUGGAAGACCUACAUGGAUCCAUGUACACAUGACAUGCUGUGAUGCAAGUUUGUAGCACAGUGACAUUGUACUAAAUUUGACAUUAUAAAUUUUACAAAUGUGCACUAUGCUGUGUUCAUGCCAUGUCAUACAGAAUGUAAUUUCAAGCAUGAGGAUGGAAAAUCAUGCCCGUGUCUGCCUCAUAUUUGUAGUUAAGAGUUAGAAACAUCAGUGACAUCUACAAUAUCUCCAAACUGACAAAACAGAGCUACAGAACUACAGGAAAUUGUUAGCAAAAUGGCUGCAAAGCCACCAUCACAGGCAGCUCCACCUAAAUAAAACCCAAUAUUACAAAUAUGCAACACAAUAAUAACAGUAACAGAGGAUUUUCCUGUUCCUUCCAUUCAUUUGACAUGGCUUGAACGCAUCAUAAGACAUAGGAACAUUAAAUAAUGCUGAUCUUUAAGUUGGAUAAAUGCUCUUUUCUUACUUGUUAGGACGAAUAUAUUCUAAGGUGGCUAUGCUUUGGACAGUAGGCCUGAAACAUUUUAGUUCAGUGUCUUCAUUCCUUUUUCUAAAUAUAAAAUCAAUGAGCUUUAAAUAUAAAAAGACAUCUGUUGAGUUGUUUUUGUCUAAUUAAUAUGAAUAAUUUAAAGAUAUGAACAUGCUUUAAUCAAGGACUAUUUUUACACAAUAUUGUUUAAAUCUGAAAGAAUUUUGAAAGUGCACUCCAGCAGUGUAGUAACAAUAGUGUACACUCACAUCAGUUCUGCAUAAUAAUUAAAGACAUAGUGAAAGAAGAAAUGUCAAAGUUGAGGCAGCAGAGGUCGAAAUAUCUUGAUCUAUAAUUUCUAGUAUAGGUCGAACUCCAAAGAUGCUGGAUCCUACAUUUCUCAUUAUGCAUGAUGUUAGACCCUUCCUGCCUGUCUUUCACACCUUGCUGUCAGUGUAACACAGGCUCUCUGUAAAUGUGUAGUCUCCAAGCCAAAGGACAAACUGGACAAAGCUCAUCUAGAGCCACAGAAGACAUUAUUUUUGUGAGUCGUACUACUCAUGCGGAGUAAACUGACCUUCAUGUGUACAAUUGUUUGGAGUUCCCCUUUAACUUGUCCCAUGAUGUUGCAUCUCCUCUCCACAGGCCUGGACAGAGGAACAAGCAGUAACAUAACCAGUAUGGUCUGGGUUGAUUUUGAUGCUUCUACAUCACAUGUUGAUUUAUACUGCUUUCAAACCACAGCAAUAAUCUGGGAAAAACUCAGUUUGCCGUUGGUGCUCACGUCUUAACACACAUACUUGGACCUGCUGACACUGCUCAGCUUGGUUGUGAGUUUAAACCAACAGUAGUGCAGAAAACAGGUUAGACAAAUCAUCUCUGUUCUUCAGAUGUACUUUGGUACACGUCUGUUUGGCGGCUUGUGAAUGUGAAAACACAAAAUAUUUCUCCUUAAUUCUUUCUGUUGAUUUUAAGCAGGUCUACAGAGCAUGUUCACUUUGCACAGCGUGUUAAGGAAAGCUGUGUUUUGUUUUUCCUUCAGGGCUCCAGUUGUGCUGCAUAUUUGGUUGGCACAAAUAUUUUUUUUCUCUAAAUAUGAACACACUGAGAAGAAUGGGUUAUCUGUUUUCGCCUGUCCCACACUGGUGUUGUGAAGCAGCAAUAAAUAGCUUACGGAUGUGCAUGGAGAAGUUUACUGGUCUUUUAUAUUCCAACACAGAUUGACUGAAAAAUAUUGAAUUGUCUUAAUAAAAUUAAUUUGGUUAAUUUUUGGUGUCUUUUUAGAUAAUACAAUACAGUUUAAGCUACCUAUAGUGUGGUUAUACAGUAGCCUAAAGUAAAAUAUAUAGUAGUACCACAGUAGACUAAUUAUAGUUGAAGAAAAUCAACAAUAAAAGAAAGUCCAGUCCAAAAGUUUGCUGUGCUGAUGUGAGGCAUCGAAAUGAAUGCGAACCAGGGGCCCCCUCUACUUGCUCUGACCGCACCCAUGAUCUAACUUGCCCUUAAUUUUUUAGAAAGAUUGUGACCCAGCUGCCAUGUUGGAGACAGUCUAACCGAUGCAAAGCACUGUCCACUGAAUAGAGCAAACUUUCUCAUUUUACAGCUAAACAGUCACUAAAAUAUGUUACUGAAAAGAUUUGAGGUGCUAAACAGGCAAUGCAGUGACAGAAUCUUGAUUCAUAUUUGAUCAGCACUGCCUAGUUUGACAGUUUGACCUUAGAUCACGAGUCGUGACUGAAAGAAUUGACAGCUGCAUUAGAGGCCCCUCAGCUCUAAUUUGUUGUUUUUGGUGAGCCACAGUAGAGUCUAGCAAAUGCCAUUAGACGCAGUGGAGGAGGAGGGACAUGGUAUGUGUCACAGACUCUCUCUCUCUCUCAUGUACAUUGUUUUUACAUGAGUUGUCAAGAGUUGGAGAUCUCGGCUGUAGAAAUGUCUGCCUUUUCUCCAGUAUUACAGAACUAUAUGGCAUUCAGCAUGUGGUGCUCAAAGCACCAAAACAUAUUUGAAAAACUCAACAGCAAUGUCUCUUUCCAGAAAACAUGACCUGGUUACUCAAUAUAAUCCACAGACCUUGUUGUGAGCAGUUUUACGUAGGAACUAUUUAAGAACUACACCCGUCCCUAUAUCACUGUGUAGAAGGAAGUGAUUCAAAUCUGCUCCAAAUUAUAAUGGGUUCUUUUUUGGCCUAUGCAACACCUUUCCACUAAGUUAAGUCAAGCCUGUUGACUUUGUUGAUACAAAUAAACCAAAUAAACCAAACCAAAAGCAUAACCUUCUUUGUGGAAGUAAUUUCCCUACCUCUUCUAGAAUACCCAAAGGAGAAGUUUUUUUUAUUUAUUUAACUGAAAAAUUCCACAAUAUGAUAAUGGGACUUGAAUUUGUUCAGUAGAAGCCAUUCUUUGUCAUCUGCUCUGCCAAAAGUUGUUUCUAUUUCUGCUUGCAAAUAAAGACAUUUUUAAAUAAAA